AUGCCUCGCCCCGGCAGAAACACUUACAGUGAUCAGAAGCCUCCCUACUCGUACAUCUCGCUGACCGCCAUGGCGAUCCAGAGCUCCCCCGAGAAGAUGCUGCCCCUAAGCGAGAUCUACAAGUUCAUCAUGGACCGCUUCCCCUACUACCGGGAGAACACGCAGCGCUGGCAGAACUCCCUUCGCCACAAUCUUUCCUUUAACGACUGCUUCAUCAAGAUCCCGCGCCGCCCCGACCAGCCGGGCAAGGGCAGCUUCUGGGCGCUGCAUCCCAGCUGCGGGGACAUGUUCGAGAACGGCAGCUUCUUGCGCCGCCGCAAGCGCUUCAAGGUCGUCAAGUCGGACCACCUGGCCCCCAGCAAGCCGGCAGACGCGGCGCAGUACCUGCAGCAGCAGGCGAAGCUGCGGCUCAGCGCGCUGGCAGCCACCGGCACUCACCUGCCUCAGAUGUCCACUUACAACCUCGGCGUGUCCCAGCCCUCCAGCUUCAAGCACCCCUUCGCCAUCGAGAAUAUCAUCGCUAGAGAGUACAAGAUGCCGGGGGGCCUCGCCUUUUCCACGAUGCAGCCUAUGCCGGCCGCCUACCCCCUCCCCAACCAGUUGACUACGGUGGGCAGCUCCAUUGGCACGGGCUGGCCUCACAUGUACAGCUCCGGCAUGAUCGACACCUCCACCCCAAUCUCCAUGGCCAGCAGUGAAUACGGAGCCUAUGGCGUGCCCAUCAAGCCACUCUGCCAUGGGGGGCAGACACUGCCGGCCAUCCCCGUCCCCAUCAAGCCUACUCCUGCCGCGGUACCGGCCCUGCCCGCCCUGCCCGCACCCAUCCCCACUAUCCUCUCGAACUCGCCGCCCUCUCUCAGUCCCACGUCCUCGCAGACGGCCACUAGCCAAAGCAGCCCGGCCACCCCCAGCGAGACUCUCACCAGCCCGGCGCCUGCCCUGCACUCCGUGGCAGUGCACUGA